AUGGUAUCAUUCGCGCUACUUGCAUCAAAUCAUGGAAGAUCCAAACGAGACGAUUUCUAUUUAUCCGACUCCAAUAAGAAUUCUAAUAUUCAACAUAUGAACAAGAACAUUAUCACAUCGCUGAAUACAUCGCAACUGAAAGAGAAAACUCCCAUUAAUAAUUUUGCCGAACAGAUUGUUAAUACCGCCAAAGAUCUUCAUGAUUCUAUUACUUCACCGUUCCACUUCAUCGAUAACAUUCAAAAAAACUGCAUUCUCAUGCAUAGAGAUUUUCUUUAA